AACUUACCACCAGGAUCACUGAGCUGCUGAGCGGAGAGGUUCCUAUAAGGUGUCAGGAUGUCGCUGUCUAUUUCUCUAUGGAGGAGUGGGAGUAUUUAGAAGGACACAAGGAUCUGUACAAGGACGCCAUGAUGGAGAAUCCCCAGUCCCUCACAUCACCAGAUGGAUCCAGUCAGAGAAAUCCACCAGAGAGAUGUCCCAGUCCUCAGUAUUCCCAGGACUGUACAGAGGAGAAACCAAAUAUCCCACUGGAUCAUCAGGAAAGUUUUGGUGAAACGAUGAGUGAACUUGUAAAACCUGGAUCAGUGUCUGUGAAAGGUGAAGACGGGAUGAGCGACUCCCGUGGACAUCUACAUUUAUCUCCCUAUCAUGAAGCAGAAGAUAACAACACCACACAAGCUAAUUCAAUAAAUCCUAAUGUACCCUCAGUUCUUCACAGCGGAGAUCUAUCCAUUGAUACCGCUGGUCACAAGAAAUCUUCAUCUAGUCAAUCACUGAUUAGCAAAACAAAAGCUAAACAGAAAGAUGGGAAAAUAUUUCCAUGUGAGAAACAGUUGAAAAAUAAUUUUUUUCUUUCUUUUCAUGAGAGAAAUCACAGAGAUAAACAGUCAUUUUCAUGCUCAGAAUGUGGAAAAUCUUUUACCAGGAAAUUAAUUCUAGUUGGACAUCAGAGAACUCACACAGGAGAGAAGCCAUAUUUAUGUUCAGAAUGUGGGAAAUCUUUUGCUCGGAAAUCAUACCUUGUGACCCAUCUAAGAAUUCACCAAGGGGAGAAUCCAAUUUCAUGCUCAGAAUGUGGGAAAUGUUUUAGUAAAAAAUCGGAUCUUAUUAUACAUCAGAGAAGGCACACAGGGGAGAAGCCAUUUUCAUGUUCAGAAUGUGGGAAAUGUUUUGCUGUUAAAUCAAGUCUUUUUCUACAUCAGAAAACACACACAGGGGAGAAGCCAUUUUCAUGUUCAGAAUGUGGGAAAUGUUUUGCUGUUAAAUCAAGUCUUUUUCUACAUCAGAAAACACACACAGGGGAGAAGCCAUUUUCAUGUUCAGAAUGUGGGAAAUGUUUUAUUCGGAAAUUGCAUCUUGUGAGUCAUCUAAGAACUCACACAGGGGAGAAGCCAUUUUUAUGUUCAGAAUGUGGGAAAUGUUUUACUGUUAAAUCAAGUCUUCUUCUACAUCAGAAAACUCACACAGGGGAGAAGCCAUUUUCAUGUUCAGAAUGUGGGAAUUUAUUUGCUCUUAAAUCAAGUUUUCUUCUACAUCAGAAAACUCACACAGGGGAGAAGACAUUUUCAUGUUCAGAAUGUGGAAAGUGUUUUAGUUGGCAAUCAGGUCUUUAUAGACAUCAGAAAACUCACACAAUAGAGAGUGAAUGUGGGAAGAAUGUUUAUAAAUCAAGUCUUGUACAACAUUUAAGAACUCACACAGGAGAGAAGCCAUUCUCAUGUUCACAAUGUGUAAAAUAUUUUACCUAUCAAUCAGGUCUUAUUCGGCAUCAGAGAGCUCACAUAGCAGAGAAGCCAGUUUAAAGUUUAGAUCUAGGAAAUGUGACAUAUGUGGAUCUGCUGCCUAAUAAUGCAUUCUGAUGUAUAACUUAACCCCUUGAUGAUCAGUGUCAUAUUAGUAUGGUACAGACUGGAGUUCUCAGAAGACCUGCACUAAGCUGUUGCAACGUUAUGAUCACAUGGACUCAUUGUGCCCGAAAAAGUAGGACCACAAGUAUCAUCCUGCUUGACCAAAAUCAAUCACUGUUUAGGGUACUUUCACACUAGCGUUAGUGUGAUCCGGCAGGCAGUUCCGUCGUCGGAGCUGCCUGCCGGAUCCGCCGAUCAGUGUGACAACUGAUAGCAUUUGUAGACG